CACCGAAACACACAUUUGAGAGCUAUUAGCUCAGUUACCAGAUCCCUCAAGCCACUCUUUAAGAAAUGGGAGUCCAGACAUUGCUGCUCCUUCUGACUCUUGGUCGACUCCUCACUCCACUAGGAGGAGUCCCAGUGCCAAUCUUGUCCAUUCAGAGCCCGGACGGAGAUACGAUUGACUGCCUUAAGCGAGAAGAACAAGUUGCUUUUACUCAUCCCUUGCUCAAAGACCAUAUAAUUCAGAACGGCACAAAAUGUCCGGAGGGAUCAAUUCCAGUUCGAAGGCUGAUUCCUCAUGAGAACGAGACUGUCAUCAGUUCUAACGCCGGGGAUAGAGUUACCGGUGGACAUGAGGUACAUAUGAAGAUAGUAAUAUCAACAGCAUUGAGGCGGGCUGGCAGGAUCAAAGACUCGGAGUUGGUGGAUGGGUGUCGGGCUUGGACAUGGCGGAGUCCUCGAGCCGGUCGGAUAUUGGCCGGCCUUUCUUUUCACCUUCAAACUGAUUACGCAGCUAGAGUGGAGUGGGGUGGCGAGAUAACGAACAAACACACUUACGGCCACCACACUACAACGCAAAUGGGAUCCGGCUAUCUUCCGGACAGCGGUUUUGGAAAAGCCGCUUAUAUCUGCAACAUAGAAGUUGCACUAUCCGAAAAUGAUUUCCAGCCACUUCAAAAUCUCACAGUAGGAGGAAGUCACCCCGAUUACUACCGCGCCAAGAAGUCCAACAACCCUGAGCUUGGGACGCAUUUUUACUAUGGGGGACCGGAGCAGCUUUACCCGGGACAUGCGACUGCAAUUCAUCUUACUUGGGACUCGAGUCUUCUAUACCUAUGUUUCUGCUUGUUAUUGCUUGUUUAGUCUUUUAUCUUGUGACUUAAAAUGGUAUCUUGAAAAAACUCGGCAGUGUUUGGAUUUUGUACUUGCUAAUGCUUAAAUUUGAUUGGUGUUUCCAAAUUCCAACAAUGUGAAGUUACUCGAUCACUUAUCUUCUAAAUUGCAUGUAUUCUUCUCUAGUUCACUCUUCCUAAGACGGCAAGACAGAUUAUACGAGUCGUCGAAGCUUCUCCAUUAAAUGGAAUGGACACAC